AUGUUGCACAUAUACGCAGCCACUACUCCGGAACCGAAACCCAAGACUCGCGGCUGGCCAUUUGGCGGGUCUACGAGCGCCACUGAUGAUUAUGACCCGCACGAGCACCGUGUUGUUGAAAAACCUACCACGUACGGGGAAACCAUGACACAUAUGGUGAAAGGCUGCGUCGGCGCUGGCUUGCUGGCAAUGCCCAAUGCCAUGUACCGCAUGGGCCUCAUAAUUGGUGUACUCGGUGUUGCAUUCUUAGGAAUGUUUGCCACAUACUGUAUACAAAUACUGGUCCUCGGGCAGUACGCCAUCUGUAAGAAGAACAAAGUGGGCUACUUGUCGUACCCCAAGAGCAUGAAGCUGGCGCUGGAGUCUGGCCCCCCCGUCUUGCGCUGGUCUGCCAAUAUAUUUGCCGUGGCUGUUGACGUUUUGCUCUUUGGCUGGCAAAUAGGAGUUUGCUCUGUAUUUUUGGUUUUUGUCGCUGAAAAUUUAAGACAGUUCAUUGAAUUUUGCGGCGGCGGAGUCAUGCCAGUGAGGAUAGUCAUCUUAUCUCUGUAUCCUAUCCUGGUCACCGCAUGUUUGAUAAAGGAUCUAAAAAAGUUGGCGCCUCUAUCUACAUUCUCUAAUGGUUGCAAUGCGUUCGGGCUAGUUCUUAUAUUUUUUUACCUGGUACAAGAUGAUAUCGUCAUCAAGGAGUCCAUGUUCGAGAUGAAAUCAUUUUAUGACAUCCCCGUGUACAUCGGUAUAGUCCUGUACGCGUUGGAGGCCGUGGGCGUGAUUCUGGCACUCGAGAGUAACAUGGAGAAACCGAAGGAAUUCACGGGGGUGUUUGGACUCUUCAGCAUCGGUAUGACUAUCAUUGUCAUCUUGUACACCAUUCUGGGCGUCUUUGGAUAUAUGAAGUAUGGAGAUGAUAUUAAAGCAUCCAUUACGCUCAAUCUACCGCAGGAUGAGAAGAAGGCGCACGCAGCUAAGUUGCUAUUCGCCGCAACAAUACUGACAUCAUAUCCUCUACAAAACUUUGUGGCUUGGCAAAUCCUUUGGCCAAUAAUGCAAAAAAAGUACCCAUCAUCCACGGUGGACUAUGGAAUUCGCGUACUAUGUGCCUCCAUCCCAUUUGCAAUGGCGGUGGCGGCACCCACGUUAGGUCCGAUCAUUGGACUGGUGGGGUCGCUGUGCCUGUCUACGGCGGCGAUCAUGUUCCCAGCCGUGCUCGACAUCUGCGUACUGUAUCCCGACAAGUACGGACCUGGCAGCUACAAGCUGUUGUCGGACAUAAUGAUCAUACUGCUUGGUGGCUUCUGUUGUUUCUCUGGCGUCUACACCAGUAUGCUUGAGAUAGUUGAAACACUGUCAUAA